AUGUCUUCCCAGCGUGUUGUUAUCAUUGGUGCCGGUAUCGUGGGGACCAACCUCGCUGACGAGCUGGUCUCGCGAGGAUGGUCCGAUAUCACCGUCGUCGAACAGGGUCCUCUGCAUAUGCCAGGUGGAUCAACAUCCCAUGCCCCAGGUCUGGUCUUUCAAACGAAUACCUCCAAGACAAUGACCCAUCUCGCCCGGUACACGGUCGAGAAAUUGCUGUCGAUUGAACAGGACGGCAAGAAAUGUUUCAACCAAGUAGGUGGUCUGGAGGUAGCGACAACACCGGCCCGAUUGGAGGAUCUCAAGCGCAAACACGGCUAUGCCACAUCAUGGGGAAUUGAGGCCCGAUUGGUGAGCGCCGAGGAAUGUUUCGCCCGAUACCCCCAUUUGAACAGAGAGAUGGUCCUCGGUGGUCUGCACAUCCCCAGCGAUGGCCUGGCAUUGGCUGCCCGUGCAACACAGCUCCUCAUCAAACGCACUACCAAGGCCGGCGUUCGAUAUCUGGGUCAUACUCCCGUGACCGGGAUCGAACGGGCGGGACGUCGCGUGACCGGAGUCACCACGCCUGGGGGCAUCAUCCCCGCCGACAUUGUGGUUUCGUGCGCGGGAUUCUGGGGCGUGGAAUUGGGGGCCAUGGUGGGGGUGAAGAUUCCUCUGCUUCCACUCGCACAUCAAUAUGCGAAGACAACGGCCGUACCAGCACUCGCGGGCCGGUCGCUCAAUUCCGCGAUCAACGGAAUGAAUGCCGAGCUGCCCAUCCUCCGUCACCAGGAUCAGGAUCUGUAUUAUCGGGAGCAUGGGGAGCAGUACGGCAUUGGAUACUAUGGACACCGUCCAAUGCCUGUCGUCGCCUCCUCCCUCGGAUUGACUCCCCAACAUGUCGAUGAUAAGAACAUGCCUUCCCGACUAGACUUCACCACAGAGGAUUUCGACCCGGCGUGGCAGGAAACCAAGAAACUCCUCCCAGUCCUUCAGCAAACAGAGAUUGCCGACGGAUUCAAUGGCGUCUUCUCCUUCACACCCGACGGUGGCCCCAUCGUCGGCCAACCAUCCCACCUGGACGGCUUCUAUGUCGCCGAAGCAGUCUGGGUCACCCACUCAGCCGGAGUAGCCCGAGCUCUCGCGCAGAUCCUUACAACCGGCCAUUCCGAAAUUGACAUCUCCGAAUGUGAGCUUUCUCGAUUCGAAGAGAUCCAAACCAACCCAGACUACGUUAGCGAAACAUCCCAGCAAAACUUCGUCGAGAUCUAUGACAUCCUCCACCCUCUCCAGCCACGGACGUCACCCCGUGCACUCCGCGUGAGUCCAUUCUAUGCUCGCCAGCAGACGCUUGGUGCAUUCUUCCUCGAAACAGGAGGCUGGGAGCGACCCUGGUGGUACGAGGCGAAUAAGGAUCUCGUCAAGGCUUUGCCUCCAUCCUGGCAACCCGUUGAUCGGGACGCAUGGUCCGCUCAAUUCCAUUCCCCCAUUUCUGCCGCGGAGGCCUGGAAAACGCGUAACGCAGUCGCCAUGUUCGAUAUGACUGCCUUCCAUCGCUUCGAGGUCUCCGGCCCCGGGGCUGUGCGCUUGCUCCAGCGUCUCACCACGAGCGACAUGACUACCAAGGUCGGAUCAGUCACUUACACCCUCCUGUUGAACGACCAUGGCACAAUCCGCAGUGACAUCUUUACCCAUCGCUUGGGCGAGGAUGUAUUCCAGAUCGGCGCCAACACAGCCACAGAUCUCGCAUACCUCGAGCGCGAAGCCAGAGUCCAAGGCCAGAACACGCCCGGGGAAUGGGUCCAAGUCCGCGAUAUCACGGGCAGCACUUGCUGCAUUGGUCUGUGGGGCCCACGCGCCCGCGAAGUCCUCCGUGGAAUCACCACGGAAGACCUUUCCAACAAGGGGUUACCAUACUUCAGCCUCAAGAACACCAUUCUGGCCGGUAUCCCCGUAACACUGAUCCGGAAGUCCUACGUCGGCGAACUCGGCUGGGAAAUACAAACAAGCGCCGAAUACGGCCAACGUCUCUGGGACAGGAUCUGGCAAGCUGGCCAACUGCACGGACUGAUUGCUGCCGGUCGCAGCGCCUUUAAUUCCAUGCGCAUCGAAAAGGGAUAUCGGACCUACGGCUCGGAUAUGACGACUGAGCAUAACCCGUUCGAAGCGGGUGUUGCGCAUGCAGUCGAUGUGAGCAAGGUAGAUGACUUUGUUGGGAAAGCUGCCCUCCAGCGCAUUUCGACGCAGCCCCUUGCGCGCCGAUUGCGACCUCUCACGGUUGACGAUGGUCGCUCUGUGGUUCUGGGCAAGGAACCUGUUUUCUAUAAUGGCCGGGCUGCGGGUUAUGUCACGUCCGCGGCGUUCGGGUAUUCGAUUGGCAAACCGGUUGCCUAUGCUUGGCUUCCGGCUGGGGUUCGGGAUGGCGAAGGGGUUGAUAUUGAGUAUUUUGGGAAGAAGAUUCGGGCGACGGUCGCUGCGGAGUCGCUUUAUGAUCCUGAGAUGAGCAGCCUUGUUCAAGAUGCAGUUGCUGUCACGUCUUCUGUUAGAUCUAGACUGUGA